CCCCAUACCAUUUAAAAAGAAAAUUGGCUCAAGGCACCUUUAAAAAUGAUGGACGGUCCCAACGCACCUUUAAAAAUGAUGGACAGUCCCGAGGCACCCUUUAAAAAUGAUGGACAGUCUUGAGGCACCCUUUAAAAAUGAUGGACAGUCUUGAGGCACCCUUUAAAAUGAUGGACAGUCCCGAGGCACCUUUAAAAUGAUGGACAGUCCCGAGGCACCCUUUAAAAUGAUGGACAGUCUUGAGGCACCCUUUAAAAUGAUGGACAGUCCCGAGGAACCCUUUAAAAUGAUGGACAGUCCCGAGGCACCCAUUAAAAUGAUGGACAGUCCCGAGGCACCCUUUAAAAUG